CACAAAAUAUCCCCCCGAGGGGGUAUGUUCUGUGGUUAUUAACUAGAUAACCUAAAAUUAUGAACUUUAGUGCGUCCGAAUUAAAAGAUAUUGCAGCAGAAAUCGACAAAGAUUUUACAGAGGAUGAUCCUAAUCAGUGUAGUAGCAAAGAGCCAUCAAAACCAGCAUCAACUGUAUUGGCAACUAGUACGAAGUCGCUCUUAGUUAAUCCGAAACAGCGAGGAAACCCCAUUCUUAAAUCGAUUCUUCGGGUUGCCUGGGAGUACGAUGAUAUUGUGCCAGACUACCAAAUGGGGUCACAAAUAUGUGCGUUAUUUCUAUCUCUACGAUACCAUAAUCUAAAUCCAGAUUACAUACAUGACCGAUUGAAGUUACUAAAAGAUUCGUACCGGUUGCGAAUUUUAUUGGUGCAGGUAGAUGUUAAGGAUCCUCACUACGCUUUGAAGAAUUUAACAAGAAUUUGUAUUUUGGCUAACAUGACUUUGAUAUUAGCCUGGAGUCCUGAAGAAGCUGGUAAAAUAGUUGAAACUUAUAAAAUAUUUGAAAAUAAACCUCCUGAUAAUGUUAUGGGUAAAACUGAAGCAUCUCCGUACCUAAAAGUAAUUCAGACUCUCACUGCCAUAAAGCCAAUCAACAAAACGGAUGCCAUGAAUUUGUUAACCCGAUUUAAAACGCUGGAAGGUAUUAUUAGAGCAUCAGAAUCUCAGCUUUCAAGUUGUCCUGGUUUGGGACCAAGAAAAGCCAAAAGAUUAUUUAAAGUACUGAGAGAAAAUUUCUGUAAAUAAUUCUAAGUAUAAGCUUAUAAUUUAAUAAAUCGUGUUAAAACGUAAUUUAAACACAGAGAAGUAAAGUAAAUUUUAAAAA